AUUUAAUAUUGAUAAUCAAUUAUUAUUGUGUUAUUCUAAUUAAUCUCUAAGUGACAUUUUAAACGCCUAUACUAACAAUUAUUUAAAACGAAAAUGAACAUUUUAAUGAAAGUAUGCUUAAUAAGUUUAGUGGCAAUAGGCAUAAAUGGCAAACAGGUCAAGGUCCAAGUGUACUACGAAUCACUAAGCUCUAACAGUAUGUCCUUCAUAGUAAAUCAACUUUAUCCAGCUUUUGCAACCAUUGGAAGUGAAAAGAUCGAUUUGGAACUUGUUCCUUGGGGAUUGGCUACUGAAACAAUCGUGGAUGAAACAAAAACUGUUGUAUGUCAGCACGGAUCUGAGGAAUGUUACGCCAACAAAGUGCACGCAUGUGCUAUUGAUGCAUUUGACGUAAUCGCCAGUACUGGGUUUAUUUCUUGUGCGGAAAGUGCGGUUUUUCCUGCUAACGAUGCUGAUUUAAAAGAGUGUGCCACAAAGGUCGGAAUAUCCUGGUGUGAAAUUGAGGAAUGCGUUAAAACCGGCAGAGGGGAUGAACUACAGUCAGCUAACCAAGAAAAGACUGCACUACUUAACUUGAGUUACGUGCCGACCAUUAUCAUUGACGGGAGUUACUCGGAUGAAAAUCAAAAUGCCGCUGAGAGGGACUUUGAGGGUUUUAUUUGUGGACUUUUGGGAGACUAUGAUGCUUGAAUAAAACAAUAUGUAAAUCUUAAGAAAGCACUUCGAUAUUAUCACGUAAUCUACAAGUGCUCCAUCGAUAAAAAAAAAUAUAUAUAAAUAAAAUGUGCAAAAUCAUCUUUUACAAUAUAAUUGUUUCGGUUUCAA